AUGUACAAUAUGUGGGACCUCGUGGGACGAUAUAUCCCACUAAUUAAAUGCAUGAAGUUGGAGUCACGAAAAGGACUCAUGAUAGCAGUUCUAGCAAGAUAUUUGCUCAUUCCGGCGUUUUAUUUCACGGCUAAGUAUGCUGAUCAGGGUUGGAUGAUAUUUUUGACAUCGUUUUUGGGAUUAACUAAUGGUUACCUUACCGUUUGCGUCCUCACUUCUGCUCCAAAAGGCUACAAGGGACCGGAACAAAACGCAUUAGGGAAUAUACUUGUCUUGUAUCUUAUGGGAGGUAUUUUCGUUGGGGUCACAUGUGACUGGCUAUGGCUAAUCGGCAAAGGUUGGUGAGAGAUGUAGGAGCAUGUUAAUUAGACGUAUUGCGUAUGCAGUUUACUAGUCUUUUUUGUUAUCAAGUGAAGAAAUAAGUUAUGGUAGCCUAAUAAAUUUAUUGGGUUUGUUUUAUUUUGACUCUUUAUUUAGCCAUGUAGCUAGAUAAUCCUAGGUAACUUUUCUAUUUAUAUUUUCUAUUUAUAGUUGUAUUUUCUCUUCUUUGUAAAUAUAACUUUCUUUUAAUAUUAAAACUCUAACCGUUUUCUCUUUAAA